CGCAUGAAGUGCUGUGGAGUUUGGACAUUACGCGUGACACACUGGCAGAGGAGAUCAUGAGGAACAUGCUGUCACUGCUCGCCGUUUUGACUGUGUAUCUCGCGGUUUGGGGAGGAAUCACAGCGGAUGCUCAAGUUGGAUCUGUGUUACGGAACUCCAUCAGGCAUCUGCCCGCAGCAUCCAGCCCGAGUGACGCGGUGAGCGCGAGCCCGCGAGUCACCGGCACCGUAGACAGCGACGCUCCGCCGUCUCCGCACUGCGCCGCUGACUCGGAGUGCAGCAUCGGUGAGUUUUGUAACGGCUCGCGUGGAGUUUGUCUGUCGUGCCGCAAGCGGAGGAAGCGCUGCGCUCGUGACGGAAUGUGCUGCGUUGGAAACCGAUGCAUCAACGGUGUGUGUCAGCCUGCUGAUGCAGCUGCUGUCGGGUCUGCUGACGCCAGUCCACCGGGUGGCAACACAGAUGUGUCUGGUGUGGCUGUAACACGUGGGCAGAACUUCACACAUCCCAGAAGAACAUCAGUCCUGUCAAAACCACAGCAGACACAGAAAGGAGGCGAGGGUGAGACAUGUCUGAGGUCUUCAGACUGUCUGGAAGGGCUCUGCUGUGCUCGACACUUCUGGUCACGGAUCUGUAAGCCAGUGCUGACAGAGGGACAAGUUUGCACGCGUCACCGGAGGAAAGGAGCUCACGGUCUGGAGAUCUUCCAGCGCUGCGACUGCGGCUCCGGCCUGACCUGCAGAGGCCAGAGAGAAAAACCCGGAGCGGAAAGCCGAAACCUCCACACCUGCCAACCGCGCUGACCCUGCAGACUCGCUUUGUGCUCAGCACACACACAUACAGACACAACACGCAUGCAGACACACAUGCAGCAAAGGAAAACUGAUUCCACGGAAGGAUGCGCCAUUGAAAGGACUGAUCGUAUUUCCCGGACGGAUGCAGAGAAACUGCACCGUACGGAUGUUUCUUGUUGUACACUCUGCUAUUUAAGACUUUUUUCCCCGGGUCAUCACAAAAGGCAGAAUGCUUUUGUUUCCCUUUAUAAGGAACUUCUUAUUCUUCUUGCAGUAAAUUACUGUAUUGUAAAUACGUAGUCAAAAAUUGCACUUAACACUGAGCAUAUGGAUCCUGUAAAAGUAGCAUUUUAUGAUUCAAUCACGUCAUUAUUGUAAAUCUGCAAGUCAUAUGAUUUAGAUGGUUAUCAGUACUCGAUUUAUUUCGAACAUAUUGUAAAGAUAUUUGUG